UUCAAGGAAAUAAAUGGCGCGAAUCCUUAAAAUAUAUUAGGACAAAAAGUAGCGCCUUCUUACUUUUCUUGCCACUUCUUCACCCAUUGUCUCACUCAGCCCAUUCUCACUCUAAGAGUUAAGGAGACGUCAUGGUGAGCCGGAAAAAGAGAGUGCGAGAGACCGAUGGAAAUCAGAUUAUGAUCCAAGCCUCCCAACUCUCCGGAUCUUCUGAUGCUUCCGGGUAUGAGCAGUCCAGGGACCUCAGAAUCAAAGAGAACAAGGAGAGAAUGAAGAAGUUUGGCAUUUUUGAUCUUUCUCAGAAGCUUAAGUCUGAAAUCGCCCCAAGAAAGCGUUUUUCCAGACACCCAUCUGAGCCGAAGAAAACACAAACUCUUCCCCCUUUGCCUGGGUCGCCCAGGCGUUCAUCCAGGUUGAAAACUUUGGAUCCGGUUAGUUAUGUGGAGCUUCGUCCUGAAAGAACGAAAGGCUCUUCGAAGAGUGAGAAGAUUUGCGUAAGAGAAGGUUUGAACCCAGAGAUUUACACAGAAGAGCACGAGAAGAGUUUGGGGGAUUGCAAGAAGACUUGGACUCUUCUUGUUGAUGGAUAUGGAGAAGAUGGAAAACGCGUAUACGAUGAAGUUAAUGGAGAAACUUGCCAUCAAUGCAGGCAGAAAACUCUUGGUCAUCAUACCCAUUGCAGCAAAUGCAACUUGGUCCAGGGACAGUUUUGUGGAGACUGCUUAUACAGUAGAUAUGGAGAAAACGUCAUUGAAACCAAAGAGAAACCUAACUGGAUUUGCCCUGUGUGUCGGGAUAUAUGCAACUGUAGUUUAUGCCGCAAGGCAAAAGGGUGGAUGCCAACUGGUCAACUCACUAGAAAGGUUUUCAGGCUGGGUUACAAAUCUGUGGCACAUUAUCUCAUUCAAACCUUCCGUUCUCAAACAAAAACAGAAAACUCGAGUCAAAAGGAUAAAUCUCAUGAAAGACGUGAUAGCCCUGAUGAAUCAUUGACAUCUCAACCUGAGAAUUCAUCACGUGAUGAUCCAAAUGAGGAAGUUGAGAAAGUUCAGCUUUUGGACAAUGAGCAUGUUGAUGCGAAUGAUGAAGGUCAAAGGGAUGCCAAGCAUGUUUUUAUAAAUGAUGGUAUGUAGGAGAAGGAGGUCAUGGAUGAGGAGGAUUUUGACGAAAACAAGUUGUAAACUGCCUCAGGUUUUGGAGUGGCAUGAAACUGUAUUACAUGCAAACUAGUUUUGAAUCUGCAGCUAAAGCAGAUGUAUAGCAUGGAAAGCGCAUAGUAAUUUUAGUUUGCCAGAUAAAAUAUUUCCUGUGUAGUUGGCGGCUACAGUGAUUUUCGGUCAUUUUGUUAUUAGAGUGUUACUCUCCGUUCCUUCUCCACAAGUAUAUGCUAUUUGGUUUCUCGUGUCUGAUUAUAGGCAACACUCAUUUUAGUUGCAGUCAUCUUGUUAUUAUAGUCGAACCCCAAAGCACACAUUUUUGUUCCUCUUCGCCUCUUCACUAACCAGCACAGAGGGAAUGUAUCUCCUCUCCAUCAGUACCCCAGCUUUCUAUUUUUCCAAAUGUGUAAAUUUUAAUGAACAGGUCCAUCAGAUCACCUUGCACCAGAAAGAAUGAUAUGACUGAGACCAUUGUGGUAGUGGUUUUCAAAUUUCUUAUAUGCCAUUGGGCGUUUCAGGUUUUAAUUUUUGAAGUUGAUUUUAGAAUCAUUGGUUUCAAAA